GUUAACAUUGCCAGCAAUUGGACCAUGGUCUAUGCCGAGUCACAGGGGGGCGACAUCCUAAACUGCUGGUGUGAAGCUCAAGGCUAUGCCAAGCUAGUGCAGGAUUCCUCCCUGGUUAGCACCUGCACGCCUUGGUUCUUGGAGACAGCAAGGGGAAUCGGCAUUAUGACCGCGGCCUCCUGUGUGGUUGUCGUCAUCAACCUGGUCCUGCAGUAC